CGUCUGGCAGCUCAUCGCUCUGGAACUGCAGUGGGCGGAGAACGUCAUGCGGCCUACUGGGAUGGCAUUUGUCGGGCCGCUCAACUCACUCAACAAAAACGCAACGAAAUUGAACAAAUUAAAGCUAUGGCAGCUGAGUCAUCAGAUGCAGAGCUGCGAACAAUGGCCGAAGAAGAGCGACAAGCCAUCGAAGCAUCUUUGGCUUCUGCAGAGCAAGAUCUGGUGGACUCUAUUGUACCUGUCACCGAGAUAGACGUACUGCGGAAAUGUCAAAUUGAAUUCACUAGUGGUGCAGGUGGCCAAGAAGCAAUGCUUUUCACCGGAGAGCUCGUUGAUAUGUACGCUAAAUACGCGGAAUGGCGAGGGUGGAAGUGGACUCCGCUCCAAUUCCAGGACUCUGAUAUUGGUGGUGUGCGUACCGCCCUCUUCGCGGUGGAGGGUGAGAACGCUUACGCAUCCUUAAGAUUUGAGGCUGGUGUUCAUCGAGUGCAGCGGAUUCCUUUGACGGACAAGUCGCGAAUGCAUACCAGUACUGCAAGCGUUGCAGUGCUUCCUGAACCAGAAGAGGUUUCGGUUGUGGUGCCAGCUGACUCAGUGAAGAUAGAAACGAUGAGGGCGUCGGGACCUGGUGGACAGAACGUGAAUAAACGGUCCACAGCAGUCCGAAUCACGCAUAAGGAAACAGGCAUAGCCGUACAUUGCAUGGAAGAACGUUUUCAACAUCUUAAUCUACAGGCACAGUGGGUUUUGUGCUUUGGCACUGUAAAUGAGAUCGCCUUCAAACGAUUGGCAGCGAUUAUUAUGCAACAAAAAGUAGAUGAAAUCAGUGAAAAGUCCACAUCGGACCGGAAACUG